GCAUGCAUGACCAGCUGACCCUGAUUUGGAAUAAGGCACAGGCCCGUCACCUGGCCCACCUGAGCAAUGGCGAUCUAUGGGCAGAACGGGUAAGCAGGGUAAACUCUCCACAGAGCCUUGCCGCCCAUAUCCGCCAGCUAGAGUCAAAUCGAUCUCAUAGUCAAGCCUUUGGCUGGGCUUUUAAACUUAUCACACAGCUCGAAUCCUUCUCGUCGAUCAUUAGUCUCUUUACUCAGGGGAACCCGGGUAUCUCCGCCCUGCUUUGGACUCCACUGGCCAUCAUCAUUGAGUUGGCGUCGCGAGAGCAGCUUAUGCUCGAGUUCAUUGGGCACACGUUCAGCCAAUUUGAACAAGCCUUACCACAAUUCGAAGGCUACCUGAAAGAGUUUGGUAGCCGAGUCUUGCCACAGGGGCUUCAGAACAGCCUCAUUGUGUUUUAUGCCGAGUUCAUUGGCCAUUACCAAGACGCGAUCAAAUUCCUCGAGGGGAAAAAGCGUCUGCUAUUCUUGUUCCCACGGCCCCAAAGGUUUAGUCGAAUCGCAAAGCAACGGUCUUUGAAUCUCCUGAAUUUAAAGAAGUCCAUUGACGACGAGAUCAACCUGUUCAAAUUCCAGAUCUACCAGGAACAUCACCGAGAACUAAAAGAGUGCCUUGAAGGAUACAAGGACCCGACAAUGGCCUUCGAAUUUUCUUGCACGGGCAUUCAGCAUAGGAAGAACCCUCAUUUUCAUUUUCGAGAGGAGGUAUUUGAAGAGCUUCACACCCAUCUCAUGUCCGGACGUCCACGUAACGAACAUCGCGCAGCUGGUUUGCAUGGUAUCGGAGGUGUAGGUAAAACCCAAGUUGCACUUGAAUUCGCUCACAGGUAUUCGAACGAGUACGACGCCAUCUUUUGGAUCAACGCGGAAACCGAAGCAAAAUUGACGGAGUCGCUAUACUCCUAUGCACGCAUGGUAGAGAAUGAAUCGCCCGUUGUUGCCGAACAGAAACUUGCUGCAAUCAAAAAUUUCCGUAGAUUUUUGAACAAUCCUCCCUCAAAAGGGAGCCCUUUUCGGUGGCUAGCUAUUUACGACAAUGUGGAGGACGUACGGCUUUUCGAAAAGUUCUGGCUCGAGGGGCCACAUGGGUCUCUGAUUCUAACGACAAGGAGUCCGGAAAUUGCUCAUGCCUCUGGAGGCCGUGUCAUCCCCAUCCCCUUGUUCACUGUUGAUGAAAGUUUGGCGUUUAUGUUGAAAAUGAACACCAACUCUGACGCAUUAGAUAAAGAAGAAUUAGAUGUGGCCAGAGAAAUUGCGGAUCGGACUGGACACCUGCCUCUUGCACUCAACUCAAUCAGCGCCUACGCCAGGACUACGUCUUCGUCAUACAGAACCUUUAUACAACAUUAUCGUGACUUUGACACUAAUAUGCUCUUUCAAGAUGAUAAGGGUAGGGAUUCAACAUAUGAGAGAUCUAUCCGGAACACUUGGACUAUGACGCUCAACUUAAUUGACCCCCUAGCACAAAUGCUUAUGGAAACCGUUGCCCUUCUUGACCCAGAUGGAAUUCCGACUGAAUUAUUCGAAUGCCAUGAUUUGAAUGCCAAAUUUGAGCAUAAUGGUCCUGCCAGGACCUUCCCGAGACUUUCUGAUUGCUUGUCUGAUAGGUUCCCUAACCGCCUAACUAGUUUCGAUAACGCUGUUUCUGCAUUAUCGGGUAAAGGAUUAAUUAGCAAAAGCUCUGGCUCCGAGCGCCUCAGCUGCCAUAGGAUGAUCAAGGAGGCAGUUCUUCAGUCAUUAAAACAAGAUGAUUUGGAGCUUCAUUUCGAUUGGAUUGUUUUCUCACUCAACGCUUGCUUCCCUCACACCGAUUGCAAAGAAAUGUUGGAAACCUGGGACAAGUGUGCCAUGUUUCACUCACAGAUCUCUAUGCUGUUGAAGAUGUAUAAACGUUUUUCCAACACGCUCCGGCCCCCCAUUCUCUUAUGUGAGAUCGUCCGAAGAUGUGCAUGGUACUUGCGGGAGACCGGCUACUUCCAAGCCGCCAAAGAGAUAUUAAUGGACGGAUUUGACAUCCUGGAGCAAGCGGUGGAGCGUCGCAACCACCCCGGAUAUUUUCCUCAAUACAUGUCACGUAUAACUGCCGAGUUAUACAGCACAUAUGGCAGUCUCGAGUACGAAGAGAAUCUCCCAGGGUAUGGACGUGCUUGGUUUCAAAAAGCAGAACAACACAGGAUGAAGCUUAUAGAGGCUGAGGCUCCAAAAUUCUUUGACAUCCAGUCUAUGGCGCUUGUUGAUGGCGACAUCUCCCUCACAUAUCUGGCAGAUGGCUUGCCAGAUCCCAGUGUUGGAACUUACAACAUGUUGCUUGAUACGUUCGAUAGCCAACAUCACCGCUGCAUAUGGGCUGCCAAUCUGUCAAUUGCAUUACGAGCCAAAGGGAACUUGGAUGAAUCGCUUUCAUGGUGUAGAAAGUCGUCUGAGUGGGUCACGGAGAGACAUGGUGAACGCAGCCUGGAGAUGGCCAUCGUACAUUUCAAUACAGCAUGUACUCUUCUCUUGAUGAACCGUGGUGACGAGGCCAUGGCAGCAUUGGAAAACUCUUUAAGAAUUCGUCAAGAAAAGUCACCAAUGCAUCGCUACCUAGGCUUCACCCAACACAAGAUUGGAGAAGUAAUGAAGUCUCGAGAAGAUUUCGAACGCGCAGAACUGUUCUUCCGCACAGCUGCCAAGGUUCUGGAGAAGUGCGAGUCAUGCGAGGGAGCUACCGCUCGCUCCAAAUACUCCCUUCUCACCAUCCUAAAAGACAAAGAUUCCCACGAAGCAGAUCGUCUCGGUGGUGAGAUCUCAAUGAUCUUGCAAGGCUUCAUGGAUACUGUCGAUAGAAAUGUUUGGAGUGAAGACUAUUUUGACAAGUUUGUGCUGUACUGCCAUCGA